AUGUCGUCAUCGUGGAUGAGCGAAUCACACGGAUACAGUGUACUGGAUGCAGUUGCUAAGCGAUCAAACAAGACAAUGCGUAAUGUUAAUCUAGAAGAUUUCUUUGGAUCUCAUAUGGCAAUCUACAGAUCUGCUGAUUUUAUUAGAGCUAUGGUCAGAUUCACUAACUUAGAAGAGGUUAAGAUGAAUUACAACUGUGUAUCAAAUGACUUGUUACUUGCCAUGGGAGUGAGUAAUGCUAACUGUUGGAAAAUCUUGUAUAUUAAGUGUCGUAAAGACGAGCCUUACACACAAGUAAUUAACGCUUCUACUUGGAUAGUACUGCAACAAUAUUGUCCUCAAUUAUCUGUAACCAUGUGUUUAGAUGGUGUUUAUAACUACGACACCGUGAAAAGAAUUCUGAACCCAGCUAUUCCGCUCAAACACUUAGAAAUAACAGGAAGUAAUCCGGAGGAUACCUUCAAACCAGAUGACACAUUGCGCCACCUAGCGACGAAUUUUGGUAAAACGUUAAAGAGCGUCCUCAUGCAGGUGAUUCCCGGCUCUUCACCAGUUGAAGGCGGGCUGCUGAAGCUGGUAAAAGAUUGCAACAAACUUUCGCGGUUGGAAAUAAGAGCAGGAAUCGUCAACAUCCAUGUGAUGGAGCAAGUGAUGACGGCGAUCAAGGAUAGAGGAGAAAAACAACCUCCUUUUGCAUUAUUCAAACUGACCAUUGACAAUAUGCCCAUUGUCUAUUAUCAGGAAAUGACCACAAUACUUCAACGCAACACGUUUCCUGGAUUUAACUUGAGAUGCCGUUUGCAACAGUCAAAUUAG